CUGCUCAAUUCGAUCGCAAUUGUCGUUGGUUGCAGAUCGUCUCUCUCUAGUCUCUAGUUUAGCCGAUCUCUGUCUCUCUCUCGGUGUUACACCUUGGAGUACAAUUUUUGGUUCAGUGUAGUUUUUUUAAGAAGUGAUUGUUCUCACAUAAGUGAUUAGACUUACUGGACUUUACGAACAUAAUCGAACAUUUAACGAAAAGUGAAGUGAUCUCGAAGCAAUCGUGCUUAGUGUCGAGGAAGGCAACUAAGGGCUGAAAAAUCAAAAACCAAACAAACGUGUCUCUCAUUAGCCCCCGUCUCACUUUAAAUUAAAAAAAGCUCAAGAUGCCGAAGCCAGUUGUCCAAGUCGGCGAUGACCCCGAUCCAAGCGAGUGGCUGUUCGUUUCGCUCGAACAGAAGCGUAUCGAUCAAAGCAAGCCGUACGAUGCCAAGAAGGCUUGCUGGGUUCCAGAUGAGAAGGAGGGCUACGUCCUCGGUGAAAUCAAGGCCACCAAGGGUGAGCUGGUCACCGUUGGCCUGCCAGGUGGAGAGACCAAGGACUUCAAGAAGGAUCUGGUCAGCCAGGUCAAUCCACCGAAAUACGAGAAAUGCGAGGAUAUGUCCAACUUGACAUAUCUUAACGAUGCUUCUGUCUUGCAUAACUUGAGAGAGCGUUACAGGGCCAAGCUUAUCUACACCUACUCCGGAUUGUUCUGCGUUGUCAUCAAUCCCUACAAGCGUUGGCCGCUGUACACCCUGCGUGUCGCCAAGAUGUACCGUGGCAAACGUCGUAAUGAAGUGCCGCCCCAUCUGUUCGCCGUUUCUGAUGGUGCCUACGUUAACAUGUUGACCAACCACGAGAACCAGUCUAUGUUGAUUACCGGUGAAUCUGGUGCCGGAAAGACUGAGAACACCAAGAAGGUCAUUGCCUACUUCGCCACCAUUGGCGCGUCGACCAAGAAGGAAGAGAGCUCGGAGAAGAAGGCCUCCCUGGAAGAUCAGGUCGUCCAAACCAAUCCCGUCCUGGAAGCCUACGGUAACGCCAAGACCGUCCGUAACGAUAACUCUUCCCGUUUCGGUAAGUUCAUCCGUAUCCACUUCACCGGAUCCGGUAAGCUGGCUGGUGCCGAUAUUGAGACCUACCUGCUGGAAAAGGCCCGUGUCAUCUCCCAACAGUCGCUGGAGCGUUCCUACCAUAUUUUCUACCAGAUGAUGUCCGGUUCCGUCAAGGGACUGAAAGAUAUGUGCUUCCUGUCCAACGAUAUCUACGAUUACUACAACGUCGCCCAGGGUAAAAUUACCAUUCCCAAUGUCGAUGACGGCGAGGAAUGUUUGCUGACCGAUGAAGCCUUCAACGUUCUGGGCUUCACUCAGGAGGAGAAGGACAACAUCUACAAAAUCACCGCCGCUGUCAUGCAUAUGGGUGGUAUGAAGUUCAAGCAGAAGGGCCGCGAAGAACAGGCUGAAGCUGACGGUAUGGAGGAAGGUGAUCGCGUCGCCAAGCUGUUGGGUUGCGUCACUGAGGAUCUGUACAAGAACUUGCUGAAGCCACGUAUCAAGGUCGGUGCUGAAUUCGUCACCAAGGGUCAGAACAAGGAUCAGGUCACCAACGCCGUCGGUGCCCUCUGCAAGGGUAUCUUCGAUCGUCUCUUCAAGUGGCUGGUCAAGAAGUGUAACGAGACUCUGGACACUCAGAUGAAGCGCGUCCAGUUCAUCGGUGUACUGGAUAUUGCUGGUUUCGAAAUUUUCGACUACAACGGCUUCGAGCAGCUUUGUAUUAACUUCACCAAUGAGAAGCUGCAGCAGUUCUUCAACCAUCACAUGUUCGUCUUGGAACAGGAAGAAUACAAGAAGGAAGGUAUUAACUGGGCCUUCAUCGAUUUCGGUAUGGACCUGCUGGCCUGUAUCGAUCUUAUUGAAAAGCCCAUGGGUAUCCUGUCCAUUCUUGAAGAAGAAUCUAUGUUCCCGAAAGCCACCGAUCAGACCUUUGCUGAGAAGCUGAUGAACAACCAUUUGGGCAAGUCUGCUCCAUUCCAGAAGCCCAAGCCACCGAAGCCAGGUUGCCAGGCCGCCCACUUCGCCAUUGGCCAUUACGCCGGUGUUGUCUCGUACAACAUCACUGGAUGGCUUGAGAAGAACAAGGAUCCUCUGAACGAUACCGUUGUCGAUCAGUUCAAGAAGGGUCAGAACAAACUGGUGGUGGAGAUCUUCGCUGAUCACCCAGGACAGUCUGGCGGUGCUGAUGCCGGUGGCGGCAAGGGUGGACGUGGUAAGAAGGGUGCUGGUUUCGCCACUGUCUCCUCGUCCUACAAGGAACAGCUGAACAACCUGAUGACCACUCUGAAGUCGACUCAGCCUCACUUCGUCCGUUGUAUCAUUCCCAACGAAUUGAAGCAGACCGGUCUCAUCGAUGCCCACUUGGUCAUGCACCAGCUGACUUGUAACGGUGUACUUGAAGGUAUCCGUAUUUGCCGUAAAGGUUUCCCCAACCGAAUGAUGUACCCCGACUUCAAGCUGCGUUAUCUGAUUUUGGCUCCAGCAGCCAUGAUGGCUGAGAAGGAGGGAAAGAAUGCCGCUCAGAAAUGUUUCGAUGCUAUCGGUUUGGAUCCGGAAUCCUACCGUAUCGGUCACACCAAGGUCUUCUUCCGUGCCGGUGUCCUGGGUCAGAUGGAGGAAUUCCGUGACGAGCGUCUGUCCAAGAUCAUGUCCUGGAUGCAGUCCUGGUGCCGUGGUUACCUCGCCCGUAAGGAGUUCAAGAAGAUGCAGGAGCAGCGUGUUGCCCUGGAAACUGUUCAGCGCAAUCUGCGCAAGUACAUGAAGCUCCGCACCUGGGCCUGGUGGAAACUGUGGCAGAAGGUCAAGCCUCUGCUGAACGUUUCCCGCGUUGAGGACCAGAUCGCCGAACUGGAAUCGAAGGCCCAGAAGGCUCAGGAAGCCUUCGAGAAGGAAGAGAAGGCCCGCAAGGAAUUGGAAGCCCUGAACAGCAAGCUGUUGGCUGAAAAGACCGCCCUGCUGGAUUCUCUGUCCGGCGAGAAGGGUGCCCUCCAGGACUUCCAGGAGAAGACCGCCAAGUUGACCGCCCAGAAGAACGACCUCGAGAACCAGCUGCGCGACACCCAGGAGCGCCUGUCCCAGGAGGAAGAUGCCCGCAACCAGCUGAUGCAGACCAAGAAGAAGCUGGAGCAGGAAAUUGGCGGACAGAAGAAGGACGCUGAAGACCUGGAACUGCAGAUCCAGAAGAUCGAACAGGACAAGGCUUCCAAGGAUCACCAGAUCCGCAACUUGAACGAUGAGAUCGCCCACCAGGAUGAACUCAUCAACAAGUUGAACAAGGAGAAGAAGAUGCAGGGUGAGGUCAACCAGAAGACCGCCGAAGAACUGCAGGCCGCUGAAGAUAAGGUCAACCACCUGAACAAGGUUAAGGCCAAGCUGGAGCAGACUCUGGAUGAACUGGAGGAUUCUCUGGAACGCGAGAAGAAGCUGCGCGGUGAUGUUGAGAAGGCCAAGCGAAAGGUUGAGGGUGACCUGAAGUUGACUCAGGAAGCCGUUGCUGAUCUGGAGCGCAACAAGAAGGAACUGGAACAGACCAUCAUGCGCAAGGACAAGGAAAUCUCUGCCCUGUCUGCCAAGUUGGAAGAUGAACAGUCCCUGGUUGGCAAGACCCAGAAGCAGAUCAAGGAACUGCAGGGCCGCAUUGAGGAACUGGAAGAGGAAGUCGAAGCCGAGCGUCAAGCCCGCGCCAAGGCUGAGAAGCAGCGUGCCGAUUUGGCCCGCGAACUCGAGGAACUGGGUGAGCGCUUGGAGGAAGCCGGUGGUGCCACCUCUGCUCAGAUCGAGCUGAACAAGAAGCGUGAAGCUGAACUCGCCAAGCUGCGUCGUGACCUGGAGGAAUCCAACAUCCAGCAUGAAGGUACCCUGGCCAACCUGCGCAAGAAGCACAACGAUGCCGUCGCCGAGAUGGCUGAACAGGUUGACCAGCUCAACAAGCUGAAGACUAAGGCUGAACACGAUCGCGCUAACAUGUACAAUGAAUUGAACAACACUCGCUCCGCUUGCGAUACUCUUGCCCGCGAGAAGGCUGCCCAAGAGAAGGUUGGCAAGCAGCUGCAGCACACUCUGAACGAAGUCCAGGGCAAGUUGGAUGAAACCAACCGCACUCUGAACGACUUCGACUCCGCCAAGAAAAAGCUGUCGAUCGAAAACUCCGAUCUGCUCCGCCAGCUGGAGGAUGCCGAAUCUCAGGUCUCGCAGCUCAGCAAGAUCAAGAUCUCGCUCACCCAGCAGCUGGAGGACACCAAGCGUCUCGCCGACGAAGAAUCCCGCGAACGCGCCACCCUGCUCGGCAAGUUCCGCAACUUGGAACACGACCUCGACAGCCUGCGCGAGCAGGUUGAGGAGGAAGCCGAAGGCAAGGCUGACAUCCAGCGCCAGCUCAGCAAGGCCAACGCCGAAGCCCAGCUGUGGCGUACCAAGUACGAGUCCGAGGGUGUUGCCCGUGCCGAGGAACUCGAGGAAGCCAAGAGGAAACUCCAGGCCCGCCUUGCCGAAGCCGAGGAAACCAUCGAGUCGCUCAACCAGAAGUGUGUCGCUCUGGAGAAGACCAAGCAGCGCCUGUCCACCGAAGUCGAGGAUCUGCAGCUCGAGGUCGACCGUGCUACUUCGAUUGCCAAUGCUGCCGAGAAGAAGCAGAAGGCCUUCGACAAGAUCAUUGGAGAAUGGAAACUCAAGGUCGACGAUCUGGCUGCCGAGCUGGAUGUCCAGAAGGAAUGCCGCAACUACUCCACCGAACUGUUCCGUCUCAAGGGUGCCUACGAAGAAGGCCAGGAACAGCUUGAGGCUGUCCGCCGUGAGAACAAGAACUUGGCUGAUGAAGUCAAGGAUCUGCUGGACCAGAUCGGCGAAGGUGGCCGCAACAUUCACGAGAUUGAGAAGUCUCGCAAGCGUCUGGAAGCCGAAAAGGACGAACUGCAGGCCGCUCUCGAGGAAGCUGAAGCUGCUCUGGAACAGGAAGAGAACAAGGUUCUGCGCGCUCAGCUGGAACUGUCUCAGGUCCGCCAGGAAAUCGAUCGCCGCAUCCAGGAGAAGGAAGAGGAAUUCGAAAACACCCGCAAGAACCACCAGCGCGCCCUGGACUCCAUGCAGGCCUCUCUUGAAGCCGAAGCCAAGGGUAAGGCUGAGGCCCUGCGCAUGAAGAAGAAGUUGGAAGCUGACAUCAAUGAGCUUGAGAUUGCUCUGGAUCAUGCCAACAAGGCUAACGCUGAGGCCCAGAAGAACAUUAAGCGCUACCAGCAACAACUUAAGGAUGUCCAGAGUGCCCUGGAGGAAGAACAGCGUGCCCGUGACGAUGCCCGCGAACAGCUUGGAAUCUCUGAGCGCCGUGCCAACGCCCUGCAGAACGAACUGGAGGAAUCGCGUACUCUGCUGGAACAGGCCGACCGUGGCCGUCGCCAGGCCGAGCAGGAACUGAGCGAUGCUCACGAACAGCUGAACGAAGUUUCCGCCCAGAACGCCUCCAUUGCCGCCGCCAAGAGGAAGCUGGAGUCUGAACUGCAGACCCUGCACUCCGACCUGGAUGAGCUGCUGAACGAAGCCAAGAACUCCGAAGAGAAGGCCAAGAAGGCUAUGGUUGAUGCCGCCCGCCUGGCUGAUGAACUCCGGGCCGAACAGGAUCAUGCCCAGACCCAGGAGAAACUGCGUAAGGCCCUUGAACAACAGAUCAAGGAACUGCAGGUCCGCUUGGACGAUGCCGAGACCAACGCCCUGAAGGGAGGCAAGAAGGCCAUUCAGAAACUGGAACAGCGCGUCCGCGAGCUGGAAUCCGAACUGGACAGCGAACAGAGAAGACACACCGAUGCCCAGAAGAACCUGCGCAAGUCUGAACGCCGCAUCAAGGAACUGACCUUCCAGUCCGAGGAAGACCGCAAGAACCACGAACGCAUGCAGGAUCUCGUCGACAAGCUGCAGCAGAAGAUCAAGACUUACAAGAGGCAGAUUGAGGAAGCCGAGGAAAUUGCCGCUCUGAAUCUUGCCAAGUUCCGCAAGGCUCAGCAGGAACUGGAAGAAGCCGAAGAGCGCGCCGACAUUGCCGAGCAAGCUGCCACCAAAUUCCGCACCAAGGGAGGACGUGCCGGUUCGGUGCAGCGUGGUGCUAGCCCAGCACCCCAGAGACAACCAUCUGUUAUGCCAGGACUUGCAGGUCUUAACUUCCCAACAUUCGAUGACCAUGGCUUCUAAAUCUGAACUACCCAAAUUAAUUUAUAGAUAAAAACACACACACUUUUAUUUAUUUAAUUAAUUUAUUUACACUUUAAAAAUCCUCACGCGUACUCCGCUGACGUAGGCCGUCACCACAAACAAAACCAAAAAGAUUUCAGAGCAAAGCCGGUGCACGUGGCACGUUGCCCCUCAUGGCCACCAUACGGAGAAGCGUCUCCGAGAACAACAGCAACGAACAUCUUGCCAACAAUAAUUGAGAGAGAGACACAACCAACAACGAUGAUCAACGCUCACACAUACACAUUUUCAGCCUUAAAAUUAGUAUUGUUUACGUUUACGCGUUAUCUGUAUGUGGGUAGUGAGAAAACGUGCCCGUCGCCUCUUAUCUUCGAGAGAGGAACAUGUAUAUUAGGUAUUGGAAGAUCUAGCGAGCGUCAUGCGAGGAAAAGAGAAACAAAUCGCCUGUCAUAACAAGAGAGGAACGCUAUGUCCAUCAAAACAUAAUGAUAAUGAUACUUUUUUUCAAACGUUAUCAUUCUUAUUUUUCUAUUUAUUUUUUAUUCGUUUUAGUUUAUACUUUCGCUCUGAAUCUUUUAUAAUUUUAUUAAUAAAAAAUGUAUUUAUUUAUUAAUUAAAAUAACGAAAUAAGAUACUAUUCGAAACUGAAACAAAAAUGGAAAUGAUUUAGUUUUUACUGUGAAACUGCGCUUCGCAGCCGAACAAUCCGAAUAAUUGCAUUGGAAGUUGUUUGCUAGUCCCGCUCCCCUGGCCGCGGCCUAUAAGGGGCUCGAUUGCGACGCGUGGUACGUUUAGUACAGCCCGAACGACCAUCUUCAACAAGGCAAAACAAAGAGAGAAAUAUAGAGACACUGUUCAAAAUACCAUUCCAACAAGAAAAAUCAAGCCCAUCGAAAGCAAAUUAAGAAAACUUCGUACUUUGUCUAAACGUUCGACCGUUACUCCCCGCAAAAACUCCAUCCCAGCUUGCCACCCGGCGAGCAAUCCGGCUCCCGAUCGGGUACGGUGCUAGGGGGGGAUCCACCAGGGCACCAGUUAGCAGGUUCUCAAUGCAGACCCAGAAAAGCCAGACGCGAACCGCAGCCUCCUGAAAACGAAUCUAUUUUCACGACCUAUACACUGAGAGAGAACACUAGAAAAGUAAUACUAAGAAAAAUACCACAAAAAUACUAAUUCGAAUUUGACCUGAAACAACGAUCUGUAAAGCCGAAAGAAAGGAAUUUUCUUGGAGAGAAGAAAGCUAUUGUAAAUGUAUAUGUGUGGAAGAAGCAAGCCAAAAUUUUUAAAAUAACUGAAUUUUAUUUAAAAAAUAUA